AGGUUAAACUUUCAAAGAAGAUUGCAUCAAUUUGGGAAGAUUGAAUCUCCGAUGUCACAAUUUUACUUCUAAAGAAACGAAUGGCAAAUACAAAGGAUGAAUUGAUGAUAUGGGGAAAGACUAUGAUAAAACAAGGGACAUUCAAGAUCCAUUAAUUUUUGUUUGGUAUAUAUGUAUAGUUGGAAAGAAUGCAAAAAAAAAAAAAAAAAAAGUAUGGAAAUGAGUAGUCAUUUAGUUAAAUCGAAAUUAUAUUGAGAGAUGAUCAAAAUAAGAUUAUACACAAGCAUUGUUGUCUCGCACUUUGUGAUGAUAUACCUCUCGAUGCAUGUGUAAGGCCACAAAUAAUAUAUACUUAUAAAAGGAGGGGUAAAAAGGGAAAUGACAUAACAACCAAUGAUGACAAAGGAAGGAAUGUGGGAAGAGAAAGAGGAGGGGACCACGAGGCUGUUAAAAGGAGCAGGGAUCGUAUUGAAGGGGUAGGAAAAGAAUUAGCUAAAAGUUAGGAGGUUUUUAGUGAGGAGAGAAGUGCCCAACUCUCUCUAAGGUGCUGGGGAGUCUUUGCUUGUAUUUUCUUCUUUCGGAGGGAUAAAAGAGGUUUAUUUUGGGGAGAGGGUUGCUCUAUUUUGGGGAAGGAACGACAGGGAAAAGUUGAGUGUUGUAUCGAGAGGUUUUAGAAGUAAUAGUUGAUAAAUAAAAGUAAGGAGUCUUGAAGUAUUCAUUACUGUCUUCUUCUUCUUCUUCUUCUCUCUCUCUGUUUUUCCUGGUGUGAUGCUGUUUUACUUUUACUUGCAGGGGUUGAAAGGCUUACAAGUGGUAUCAGAGCCGCUUCAUCCUGGGGCGUACGCAUGUGAUGGCUCAGAAACAAAUAGAGAAUAGGCUGGAAAAGAAUGAGAGGGAGGUCUCUGAAAUGAAAGAAAUGAUGCUGGGACUGUGUAAGAAUAUCGAGAAGCUGACAGAGGAGAUGAGGGAAAGUAAUACGGCUCAGAAAGUAGAGGAGUCGGGCGCUUCUGAUGGGAGGAGGAUGAAAAUGAAAAGAACAGCUGAUGAAACCGAGUCGACCCCCAGCAAUGGAGGAGGGGGAUCCGAUAAAAGCAAGUACAAAAGGUUAGAAAUACCCAUUUUCGCUGGAGAGAACCCGGAGUCUUGGGUGUACAGGGCAGAGCACUAUUUCGAAAUCUACGAGCUAUCUGAUCAGGAGAAGGUUAAGGUCGUGGUUAUCAAUUUUGGGCCGGAGGAAGUAGACUGGUUUCGAUGGAGCCACAACCGGAGACCUAUCAAUAUGUGGGAGGAGUUGAAAAUAAGGAUGUUCGAAUACUAUAGACCUACCGGAGAAGGGAGCUUGAGCGCGAGGUUGCUGAGGAUAAAGCAAGAAGGAUCCUAUGCGGACUACGUGAAGAAGUUUGUCACCUACUCGGCACCCCUACCCGACCUGGCCGAAGAAGUUCUCAAAGAUGCUUUCGUAAAUGGGCUGGAACCAACAUUGAGGGUCGAAGUGAUCAGUAGAAAAAUGAUCACCCUGGAGGAAUGUAUAUAUGAAGCCCAGCUAGCUUUAGCGGAUCUGGGGGUUGUUGGGCCUAGCAAAAAGGAAGCCCAGGGAAAGAAGAACUUGAUGUUGAAGAGCGAGAAAACCUUGGAUACACAGGGGACCAAACGGAUCACCUUACUUGUGAAAAGUAACUUCGUGAAGAAGGAGCCACCCAUGAAACGUCUCUCAGAUAGUGAGUUCCGUGAACGGCUAGACAAGGGACUAUGCUUUCGUUGUAAUGAGAAAUAUAGCCCAGAACACCGAUGCAAGUCGAAUGAGAACCGGGAACUGAUGUUAUUAAUCACCAAUGAGAAUGAAGAAACAACCAUAGAAAAGGAAGAAAGGGAGGAGCUACGGGAAGAAGAAGAGCUUGAAACAAAGAAAACUACCGAAAUUGCCUUGAGGUCAAUAUACGGCCUAUCAGCCCGGGGCACGAUGAAGCUGAGAGGGAAAAUGAAGGGGAAGGAAGUAGUGGUGCUGAUCGACUGUGGAGCCACACAUAAUUUUGUGCACAAAAGGUUAGUAGACGAGCUGGAAUUACCAAUGAAUAGGAAGAGUUUCUCUGUAGUAAUGGGGAAUGGAGAGGCUAUAAGAUAGGGAGGGGUUUGCAAGGCGAUUGAACUAAAGUUACCUAACCUCAGUGUUAAGGCCGAUUUCCUAGCGAUUGAUUUAGGACAAAUGUACGUGGUGCUAGGGAUGGCUUGGUUAUGCACGACUGGGUUUAUGGGAGUACAUUGGCUGUCUUUAACCAUGUUGUUUCUGUCAGGGGACUCACAGGUCAUUCUGAAGGGCGAUCCUUCUCUAACUAGGGUAGAGGUCUCUUUCAAGAUGCUCACAACAUCCUGGGAAGAGGAAGACCAAGGAUUUCUGAUAGAAUUUCAAAAUUAUGAGUACGAUAGUGAAGAAAAGAAUGAAGGAAAAGAAGAGCUCGAAGAGUUAGGGGAGCUUUCACUCAUGAUUCGAGCCCUGUUCGAAGAGAAUAAGGACAUAUUUGAGAAAAUAAAGACGCUACCACCCAAGAGAGCUGUAGACCAUCGCAUCUUGAUGAGCGCGGAUCAGAAACCAAUCAAUGUGAGGCCAUAUAAGUAUGGCCACAGCCAGCUCAAUCGGUGGAGGAAAUGCUUAAGGCAGGAAUCAUCCGACCAAGCCACAAUCCAUAUUCCAGCCCGGUUCUAUUAGUGAAGAAGAAAGAUGGGGGAUGGAGGUUCUGUGUCGAUUAUAGAAAACUAAACCAAGCAACGGUGGCCGACAAGUUCCCUAUACCGGUCAUUGAGGAGUUGUUAGAUGAAUUACAUGGGUCAGCGGUCUAUUCCAAGCUGAAUUUGAGGUCAGGAUAUCAUCAAAUCAAAAUGAAUGAGAAGGACAUCGAGAAGACAACCUUCAAAAUUCAUGAAGGUCACUAUGAAUUCCUUGUCAUGCCGUUCGAACUCACGAAUGCACCAACUACCUUUUAAUUCUUAAUGAACCAGGUUUUUCGACCCUUUCUUCGUAAGUUUGUACUUGUUUUCUUUGACGAUAUAUUGGUGUACAGUCCUGACAUAUCAACACACGAGACACGCUUGGGAGUGGUGUUCAAUGUUCUCCGAGACCUUAAGCUGUUUGCAAACCAAAAGAAAUGUACCUUUUGUCAGGCGCGAGUCCAAUACUUAGGCCACUGGAUAUCAGCUAAUGGAGUAGAAGUCGAUGAUGGGAAGGUCAAAGUCAUGAGCGAGUGGCCGCAACCUCAGAAUGUUUUUGAAUUAAAGGGGAUUUUUGGGGCUCACGGGGUACUAUAGGCGUUUUGUGCAAGGGUAUGGGAACAUCGUAGCCCCACUUACCAAGCUUCUCCAGAAAAACUCAUUCAAAUGGGGUGAAGAAGCCAAUCAAACCUUCAUAAAUCUGAAGCAAGCCAUGGUCACGGCCCCGGUCCUAGCCCUCAUAGACUUCUUUAAAGGGUUUGUAUAGAAACAGAUGCAUCAAGAACGGGUUUAGGGGCUGUUUUGUCCCAAGUGUUGAAGCCUAUAGCGUAUUUCAGUAAAAAACUAUCAGCAAGAACCAAGGCAAGUCUAUCUAUGAAAACGAAUUGAUGGCAGUAGUCCCAGCAGUACAAAAAUGGAGGCAUUACUUGUUGGGAAGCAAGUUCACAGUGAUCUCGAACCAGAAGGAGUUGAAAUUCCUGAUAGAAUAGCGAGAGGUGCAGCCCCAGUUCCAACGAUGGCUAACUAAGCUACUUAGAUAUGACUUUGAAAUCCUAUACCAGGCGGGGUUACAAAACAAAGCCACAGAUGCCUUGUCAAGAGUGUGGGCACAAGGGGAAUUGAGUGUACUAUCAACACCAACUAUUAUAGAUAUUGAAGUUGUUUUGAAGGAAGUGAAGGAAGAUGAGGAGCUACAAAAAAUCAUCACCCUUUUGAAGGAAAAUCCAGAGAGGAAACCAAGGUAUAAAUGGAAACACGACAGAUUGACCUACAAGGACAAGUUAGUGCUAUCCCGAAAGUCUAGUUUGAUUCCUUCACUAUUGCAUACAUUCCAUGAUUCGGUGUUAGGAGGAUACUCUGGAUUCCUGAGAACCUACAAGAGAAUGAGUGGAGAACUAUAUUGGCAAGGGAUGAAAUCUGAUGUGAAGAAAUAUGUUGAAGGGUGUGAAAUAUGCCAAAGAAAUAAGUUCGAGACUCUCACACCAGCAGGCUUACUUCAGCCACUUCCUAUUCCAUAGAUGAUAUUGGAGGAUUGAAGCAUGGACUCUGUGGAAGGGUUACCAAAGGCCGAAGUGUAUGAUGUCAUAAUGGUUGUUGUAGACCGUUUGAGCAAGUAUACACAUUUCACCCCUCUCAAACACCCCUUUUCGACAAAGCAAGUAGCGGAUAUCUUUAUUCAAGAAGUAAUGAGGCACCAUGGAGUCCCCUUGUCUAUUUUGAUUGAUCGAGAUAAAACCUUCGUGAGCAAUUUUUGGAAGGAGAUGUUUACAACUAUGGGGACGAAACUAAAAAGAAGUACAUCAUUCCAUCCUCAAACAGAUGAACAAACGGAGAGGGUGAACCGUUGUUUAGAAAUUUAUUUACGCUGUUUUUGUAAUGAACAGCCGAGAAAAUGGAACAAAUGGAUAGCAUAGGCCGAAUUGUGGUACAACACAACCUUCAAUAUCUCCAUCAAGUCCACUCCCUAUCAGGCAGUAUACGGGAGACCACCCCCACCUCUUAUCACUCAUGGGGAUAGAAAGACAUUCAACAAUGCCAUGGAGCAGCAGUUACAAAAGCGAGACUUAGCACUCAAUGCCUUGAAGGAAAAUCUGGCCAUAGCUCAAAAUCGAAUGAAGAAGCAGGCCGACAAAUAUAGGAGAGAAUUGAGUGUUGAGAUUGGAGAAGAAGUGUACUUGAAAUUGAGGCCUUAUCGACAGAAAACAUUAGCAAGAAGAAGAAGUGAGAAGUUGGCACCGAGGUUCUAUGGACCUUAUCGAAUAACUGAACGAGUGGGAGAAGUAGCUUACAAAUUAGACUUACUACCAGAAGCUGAAAUACACAACGUAUUCCAUUUCUCUCAGCUCAAGAAGAAAUUAGGACAGAGCUAGCAGAUCCAACGACAUCCUCCUAUAUUGACUGAGGAGUUUGAGUUGUAGACAACAUCUGAAACCAUUUUAGGAGUACGAUGGAAUGAGGAUCUGGCAACACACGAGUGGUUGGUCAAAUGGAAGGUGAUGUUAGAAAAUGAAGCAACUUGAGAAGAUGUUUGAGCCUUGAAUCAUCAGUUCCCACGAUUCAACCUUCAAGACAAGGUUCUUUUCAAGAAGGGAGGUAUUAUAAGGCCACAAAUAAUAUAUACUUAUAAAAGGAGGGGUAAAAAGGGAAAUGACAUAACAACCAAUGAUGCCAAAGGAAGGAAUGUGGGAAGAGAAUGAGAAGAGGACCACGAGGCUAUUAAAAGGAGCAGGGAUCGUACUAAAGGGGCAGGAAAAGAAUUAGCUGAAAGUUAGGAGGCUUUUGGUGAGGAGAGAAGUGCCUAGUUCUCUCUAAGGUGCUGAGGAGUCUUUGCUUGUAUUUUCUUCUUUCGGAGGAACAGGGGAGGUUUAUUUUGGGGAGAGGGUUGCUUUAUUUUGGGGAAGGAAUGACAGGGAAAGGUUGAGCGUUGUAUCGAGAGGUUUUAAAAGAAAUAGUUGAUAAAUAAAAGCAAGGAGUCUUGAAGUAUUCACUACUGUCUUCUUCUUCUUCUUCUUCUCUUUGUUUUUCCUGGUGUGGUGCUGUUUUAUUUUUACUUGC